AGGGGACCAAGGACACUUCCCUGCGGAACUCCAGUAUCAAGUGGUUGUGUUGUUGAUGUUGUGUCUUUAAUGGUGACAUACUGAUACCUAUUAGUAAGAAAUGGAGAACUUGUCCAGAGAAGAGUUACUUGAAGAGCUCGAGAAAAAAGAAAAGGAAAAUAAACAUCUAAAGUUGCAGUUGGCAAAAUAUCAAGACAAGAACCUUGAUGCAUUGCAAGCCAGUCUUGUCAAGGACCUAACUAAUCACAACAUUUUACCAAAGACUAAAACUCCUUUAAGCAAAGCAGAAGUUGCAAGGUAUUCUCGACAGCUGAUUUUACCAGAAUUAGGACCACAAAGGCAGAGAAAAUUGGGAGCAGCUUCAGCUCUGAUUGUUGGCUGUGGUGGCUUGGGAUGUCCUGCUGCAAUAUAUAUGGCAGCUGCUGGGGUUGGGCGCCUUGGGUUGAUUGAUUAUGAUGCAGUAGAAGUGAGUAAUCUUCACAGACAGAUUUCACAUUCAGAGGGAAGAGUUGGUAUAUCAAAGUCUGCCUCUUUAGCCUUUUCAGUACAGGAAUUAAACAGUCUUGUAGAAGUCAUUCCAUAUGAAAUAGCUCUCACAAGUGAUGUAGCUAUGCAAGUAAUUAGCAAAUACGAUCUGGUAUUGGACUGUACAGAUAACGUUGCUACCCGCUACUUACUGAACGAUGCUUGUGUCAUGGCUAAUAAACCUUUAGUUUCUGGGUCAGCUCUGAGAUUUGAAGGUCAGCUAACCAUUUAUCACUUUGAAGGAGGUCCCUGCUACAGGUGUAUCCAUCCAAAGCCACCUCCACCUGAAACUGUCACCAACUGUUCUGAUGGAGGUGUUUUAGGAGUUGUACCUGGAGUGAUAGGCUGCAUGCAAGCUCUGGAAGCAAUCAAAAUAAUCUGUAGCUUGGGAUCUACUUUAUCACAGAGAUUGUUGCUUUUUGAUGGUUUGCAAGGAGCCUUCCGCACUGUAAAAUUGAGAGGGAGUAGGAAUUCAUGCGAGGUUUGUGGAGAUACUCCCAAGAUUGUUAAACUAAUAGACUAUGAACAGUUUUGUGGAGCAGCAGCUACUGACAAAGACAAAAAUAUGAUGCUCCUAAAAAAGGAUGAAAGAGUAACUGUUGAGGAAUAUAAAGCAAUUUUAGAGACAAACUUGCCUCAUAUACUAAUUGAUGUGCGACUUCCAGUUGAGUUAGAAAUAUGUGCCCUUCCAAAUUGUAUAAACAUUCCUUUGAAGCAGCUAAGUAGCAUAGAGAGUAUUGCUCUCAUUGAAGAGAAAUUACUGGAUUUAGAAACUAAGAGGGUAUAUUGUGUUUGUCGCCGUGGUAACGACUCCCAGCUAGCAGUGCAGCAGCUGCAGUGUGCACUGAAUAACCAUGAAAUUCAGAUUCAGGAUAUCAUUGGUGGAUUGACAGCAUGGGCACAUAAAAUAGAUUCAACUUUCCCAGUAUAUUAAUGAUACAAAAUCUUUUAUGGGCAUUAAUGAUUUAUUCAAAUUUUAGUACCAGUAUACAGUGAAAAAACUCUUUGUAGAUAACUUGAACACAAAGUAAAAAACUAUGCUGAUACUGUAUAUUUAAGAUUGAAAAAAGUUCAUUGAAGAGCAUCUGGCAAGCAGAAUAGAUUUCUCUUGUAACUAUAUACACAUAUAAUAGAUACCACUAGAGUGAUGUUGAAUGUAAUAUUAGUUAAACCAUUGAUUGACACACAUGAUGUAUUGAUAAGGAAUUGUUGCUGGAUAUUUCCAUUUUGUAUCAAUAGUAGUAGUUCAGUUUACCAGAUUUUUAAUAUACAUAAACUAAAAUGUUGUACUGUAUGCACACAAUUGUCAUUUUGAUUCUUUUGAGAUUAUCUGUUAAUGAUUUUGUGCUCAGAAAAUAUGAUUUAUUACUGAAGUUAUCUUAGUAUUUGGUUCAGAUUUGAUAAAUAGAAUAUAUAUUGUGUUUAGUUUAACUCUUCACUCACAGCAUUUAAAGGAAAAUAAUAAUUCAGCAGUACUGUACAAUUGAAAUAAAAUAUUUUUUAUUCUAUGUACUUACAUUCCAACGUACAGUAGGGCCCCACUUAUAUGGCAGGUUAGGUUCCAAGCUACUGCCAGAAUGCAGACAUCGCUGGAAAGCAGAACUCCAUUUUUUCCACUUAUAAAUGCAUAUAAUGCCAGAUAACAAGUUUACACUAACAUAUUAAGUUAGUAAUAGAACUAGGCAUUAACAACAAUAAAAAGUAAAAUACA